AUGGCGGGGGACUCGGACAAGAAAGUUGCCUGCGUCGUCGGGGCCACCGGCAAGCAGGGCGGCUCCGUCGCCCGGCGCUUCCUGCAGGCCGGGUUCCGCGUCCGUGCCGUCACCCGAGACCCGGCGUCGCCGGCCGCGGCGCAACUCGCCGCGUCGGGCGCCCAGCUCGUCACGGCGGACCUCGGAGACGUGGCGAGCCUCGAGGCGGCCUUUGCGGGCGCAAACCUCAUCUUCAGCGUCACAAACUACUGGGAGCCCUUUUACCGCCAGGACUGCCGCGAGACCGCCCGGGGCAAGAACAUUGCCGAUGCCGCCGCCGCCACCGUCGGCUCGCUCCAUCCCAACGGGUUUCUCGUUUCGACCCUGAGCCAUGCCGAGAAAUGCAGUGGCGGCAGGCUCAAGGAGCUCCAUCAUUUCGACGCAAAGGCCGACGUCUUUCCUCACUACGUCCAGGACAAGCAUCCGGCUCUGGCGGCCAAGAUGUCGUGCAUCCACACCGGCUAUUUCUUCACCAGCUUCAACAUUCUACCCAAGUCAUAUUUUGCAAAGCGCGAGGACGGAAGCAUCGAAAUGACGUUUCCCACCGCUCCGCACAAGCCCGUGCCUCACCUAGACCCUGUGGGCGACAUGGGCAGCUUUGUCUACGCCGUCCAUCAACUGCCGCCGGGCAAGGCCUUCAUGGCAGCCGGCACGACGUGCACCUGGCCCGAGUUCCUCGAGACGUGGGGCCGGGCUGCCGGAUAUCCGGUGCACUACAGACAGGUCACGCCAGACGAGAUGAUUGCCGCGACGCCGGACACGGAGACGGGCAUCGAAGUGGCCGCCAUGUUUUCGUACACCUCGGACCCGGGAUACGACGGCGGCAUGGAGCUCUUGACCGCCGAUGACAUGAGAAAGGCUGGCAUCGAGUGCCCGAUGACAACGUGGGAAGAUUGGGCAGGGAGACAAGACUGGAAGGAUAUCCUGGCCAAAUUGGGAUGA